AUGACGGGAAUGUUUUUCAUUUUUUGCUUGUUGUGUAUAGAUGUGCCCCUUUCUUUCUAUUCCUUUUCCAUUUUUUUAAUUUUAAUUUUUGUUUUUGUUUUCUUCUGUUCAUUGGUAGGCAUGCAGCGUUGUCGUGUCUUUUUUUUUACGUACAUUGGAUCGCCCGCUCGAUUCCGUGGAUCAGGCAAUGAGAUAUCAGCUAGCUUCGUUUUGACUCGCACGGUUGACGGUGGGCCAAUGAAAAUACAUUGCAUCCCAGGGUAUAUCUCGGCCCUAUACCUUGUCGAGUACCCAGAGCAGGGGAAGUUACUCCUUCUUGACAGUGGGUUUCCCAGUGAUUUGGAACGCGUUCGAUUUUACGUGGAAGAGGUGAUGGCCGCCGGGAAGUUCAAAAAGCAGCGGAUCUCAGAGAGGCUGCGUUUGGUUGUAUCUACACAUUCCCACAUUGAUCAUGCAGGGGCAUCUAAAGGGUAUGAGCGCUGUGGCAUUCCGGUUGCAUGCCCAAGUGGGAUGGAGAAGUGCUAUCGUGGCGUGAAGGGGCGGAUUGCGCAAAUUUAUGAGGCUCAUUUAUCUCAACUUGUGGCUGCUCGAUUGGGUCGUAAAGUACGUGAGGGCUCUUUUUUGUUUUCCAAGGGAUUGUUGGGCCCAUAUUGGCAAAUGCCUGUGGGGGCGUUACGCUUGGACGAUGGAACCCCUCUUCCACUGGGAUUCCACGAUUGGGUGGCGAUCAAGUGUCCUGGUCACACGUCUCAUAUGGUGUGUCUUUAUCAUUCCUACUCGCGUAUUUUUUAUGUAAGCGAUAUGUUUGUGGCGAUUAAGAAGGGAUUCUUUCCGCCUCUCCCUGUUGACUUUGACUGGGCUUAUACUAGGACUCUUCAUCGUCUGCGGGGCUUACCUACGCGUUGUGCUUUGUUGCCACACGGGGGAAUCAUAGACGUUGGAGAUCGAUGUGGUUCAUGGAACGCGCUAAUUGACGAAAUUGUGCUUCAUUAUGAAUUGGAGGCCAAGCGCAAUUCUAGGUUUGAACGGGCAAGGUGUCUCAUAGCGGCGGGCAGUCACCUUCUCCAAGGCGAACACCUAUUACCCGACGUAUUUCCCCGCGGGCCUCUUCCAGUCCCUCCAGAGGGGCAUGAACCGCCUCAUUUGCACAUUAUGGAUUCAUGA